AUGACGUACUCGCAAAGUAAUAAUCCUGUGAUGGUAGCAGCCGAAAGAGCAAUUAAAACUCCUUUGAAAAAUACAUCGCAAAGUGGUGAUGGUGUUUUUAGUGGAAGACGCAGAUCAUCGUCAAAAAGGUCGUCAACUAUGCCUCCACAUUUCAUAAGCCGAACGAGUACUCCUAAAUAUCAACACCAUGGACAAAAAACACGAAAUUUCACAUCGUCAACGUCAUGGACGACAGCAAACCCUUCAACAUCGUCAAACUCCAGUGGCUUUAGCAGCGAACUAUUUUCGUUGCGGCAACGGAAGGAUCAAUUCCAGCAGCAACGUCUCCACUCUUAUUCGCUCAGCAGCGAAAGUGAUAGCGGAUUUUCCACAAGUAGAAGUCUUGAUUACCUAACGCAUUAUGGUGGCAAGGAUGAAGUUCAGCUCUGGCAGCAACAGACGCACGCCAAACAGGGACAACGCCGGCACUCACUCGCUACAUUCGACAACAAAACGAAUAGUUACUUGGGUUGCGCAUACUACUCGAAUAACCAGUCGUAUUCCAAUGGUUUUGGACUUAAAACUGAUGAUGAAGAUAAGCUCAAAUCAGCUGCUCUGUCCAAUAGUGGUGCCGCUGGGGGUAAUGAAAAAAGUCCAGCAGCUACUAUUUGCAAUAGCCACAGCGCCAAUCACGAGUAUGGUGCGCGAAUUUCAUUGAACAAUGUUCCUAAAUUUGGCAAAAUCUUACCGAAUCGGUAUUCGCUACCUACUGCGUUGUCGCAUUUUGCUACUAGCAAACAUUUUAAUGCGCCGUCAGCCCAGUUCUUGCCAAAACCACCGCAACACUGGUUGUUGGAUUUGAUGGAAGCGAAGGCUGAAGGCGGCUGUGCCAUAAACGGGAAUUCAAAGUACAGUGAGCCAAUAGCAGUGGAGUGUAAGCUGGCAGCAGUUGGAUACUGCCCAAGGGUAACAUACUCGGAGAGUAAUCUGUUCGAUGAAAUCAGUACUCAUAAUUUAAAGUUGUUGCUAAAGGUGCAAACAUAA